AGUGACGCACUUCCGCGAUCGCCUUGAGCGAUCGAGGCUGCAACCAACGAGCGGCGGCAGAUAAAAGGAAGCAAUCAUGGCGGCACCGCCACCAGCGCAGUCGGCGCCACAGCCUCCGCCACCGGCUACGGCUGGCGUCUCCGGCCCAGGAUCAGCUGGUGCCUCGGUUCCGGGGUCUCAGCAGCCUCAGGCGCCGCAACAGCAGCAGCCUCCCUCGGCACAGCUGGUAGCAGCCUCCCAGAUGCAGGCAGGGCAGAGCGGCCUCCUGCAGCAACAGCAGCAGGACUUCGACCCUGUGCAGCGUUACAAGCUUCUGAUUCCUCAGCUCAAAGAGAGCCUACAGAACCUGAUGAAGGUGGCGGCCCAGAACCUGGUGCAGAAUACCAACAUCGACAAUGGACAGAAGAGCAGCGAGGGCGGGCUGCAGCGUUUUGACAAGAGCCUGGAAGAGUUCUAUGCCCUCUGUGACCAGUUGGAGCUGUGCCUGGUAGUAUGCCCCAUGAGGCUGCAUGGGGAGCAUGUCACUCGCCUGGCCUAUGAGUGUUUGUCCCAAAGCUAUGACAGCGCCAAGCACUCCCCGACGCUGGUGCCCACCGCCACCAAGCCGGACGCUGUGCAGGCAGAGAGCCUGCCCUACCCGCAGUACCUGAGUAUGAUCAAAGCCCAAAUCGGCUGUGCCAAGGACAUACACAACGCCUUGCUGGAGUGCUCCAACAAGGUCACGGGCAAGCUGCCGACCCCGGGAGGGCUCUGACCCGGCGACACCCACGGUCAGCAGCCUCUGGCCGCGCAGC